AUGCCAAAAUUGAAGUCUCUCACAGACUUCCUUUCAAAACGUUGUCAAGUGCUAGAAUCGUUUUCUAAUCAUCAAGCCAGUGCAUGUAAAUCAGGAUCUUGUCGCAAAUGCAAUAAAAGGCAUAACACUUUAUUACACUUAUCAACUUCCAACAACAAUGACAAGGGUCUGAAGUUUAAGGAAUCGCUCGCAGAGUCAAAUGAAGCACCACAAGCUAUCGUUACACAAUGUUUAUCAACUCAUCAUUCUGUGAAUAUUUUAUUGUCUACUGCUAUUGUAUAUGUAUAUGAUUCUAAGGAACAGCCAAUUUCAUGUCGCGUGCUACUCGACAGUGGUUCACAAAUGAACUUCAUUACUGAAGAAUUAGCCAAUCAACUGCAUCUUAAGGAACAAACAGUAGAAACCUCUAUUAUAGGAGUCAUGCAAAAAGGCUUUCAUGCUAAAAGAUCGAUUAGCUUGCGUAAUAAUGUAAACUCUAUCACAACUAGUUGUCAUUUAGCAGUAACGGAUGACUUAAAUCGGACGCUUAAUCGAUUCUGGGAAGUAGAGCAUAACAUAUCAUCGCCUAGUCCUUCGCUGGAGGAAAGCAAAUGUCAAUCUAUUUUUCAAAACAGCACCAGACGAAAUGAUGAAGGACGAUUCAUAGUUCAGCUCCCAAUAAAAGCGGAUAAAUUGAUUGCCAUUGGAGAUUCAAGGGAUAUCGCUCUGAAACGCUUCAAAUCUUUGGAAAAACGUCUCUUGAAGCAGCCGCAAAUGUACGCUAAAUAUAAAGAAUUUAUUCGCGAAUACAAGGAGCUGGGUCACAUGUAUGAGGUGCCCAGUGAUGUGGAGUUCAAUAUUUCCAACACAAACAUUCCAGCUUACUAUCUACCGCAUCAUGCGAUAUACAAGGAAACAAGUAGUACUAUCAAACUGAGAGUGGUUUUCGAUGGAUCGUGCAAAACAUCAAAUGGUACUUCUCUUAACGACGUGCUAAUGGUUGGCCCGACACUGCAGGACGAUCUUUUCUCCAUUUUGUCAAGAUUUCGAACCUUCACGUACGCUCUAACCGCCGACAUUACUAAAAUGUACAGGCAGGUACUAGUAGACCCUACACAAACAUGUCUUCAGCGCAUCCUCUGGCGCGAUUCGCCAAAUGAAUCAAUUAAAACAUACGAACUUCUUACACUUACAUAUGGGACUUCCUCAGCAUCAUUCUUGGCUAUUGCAGCCUUGCGAAAACAAGCCGAAGAAAAUUCAACCAAGUUUCCAAUUGCGUCCAAAGUAGUAUUAAACGACUUUUAUGUGGAUGACCUAGUCACUGGUGCAAACACCAUUCAAGAGAUAUACACUAUUAAGAAGGAAACUAUUCAAUUAUUGCAAGGAGCCAAAUUUGAAUUAGCAAAAUGGGCAUCGAAUGUUCCCUCUCUGCAAGGCCAGCCAUAUAAUUCAAAUCACAAGGAAUUUAUGUCGUCAGCUGACAAACAAUGUGAAACACGCACAUUAGGCAUUAUAUGGAAUUGUAACAUGGAUCAAUUCCAAUUUCUCAGCGUCACGCCUUUCGAACCACUUAAAACAAUCACAAAACGAAGUAUAUUGUCAAGGAUCUCAUUAAUAUUUGAUCCACUCGGUCUACUCGGUCCUGUCACACUAACAGCCAAAAUUAUAAUGCAAGAUCUUUGGCGUCUUGGACUGGAUUGGGACGAAUCAAUCCCUUUAGAAUUACACACUAAAUGGAAACGUUAUGAAGCAGAAUUGCUUACACUAAGGCAAAUCAACGUACCUCGCAGGGUUAUUCCGUUUAAGCAACACACACGACUGGAAAUUCACGGAUUUUCCGACGCCAGUGAAUCUGGAUAUGGAGCAUGCAUUUAUUUACGUGCCACAUCGCCCGAUGGAAGCCAUUCAGUUCGUCUACUUUGCUCCAAGAAUCGAGUAGCUCCUUUGAAGACUCUCUCGAUUCCGCGCCUCGAAUUAUGCGGCGCACUAUUGCUAGCACAGCUCGUCAACAAAAUUUCAAAUUGUCUAUCAUGCAAAAUAGAUUCUAUUUACUUAUGGACUGACUCGACCAUUGUCCUAGCCUGGUUGCAAUCAUGCAACCGUACCUGGACACCCUUCGUAGCCAAUCGCGUUGGAGAGAUACAACAAUUGACCGCAAUACAAAACUGGAAACACAUACGAAGUGAGGACAAUCCCGCAGACCCAUUGUCAAGAGGCAUCAUGCCAGCAUCUUUAUCUCAUCUACAAAUUUGGUGGACAGGUACUCCGUGGCUAACGCUUGAUAAGAAAAAAUGGCCUCAAGGUCUACUUGUCACCUCUAAUCAAGACGCACCAGAAAGGAGAUCUAAAUGCAUCACCACGCUAGCAACUAAUAAUCAAGAUUUUAACAUCUUCAAUCGAUACUCAAGAUUUACAAGAUUGAUUCGAAUCGUUGCGUAUAUCUUUCGAUUCUUCAAAAACGCAAGAAAUAUUGGAGGAUCUAUUAGAAGAUCUCAAGAAUCUAUUACGCCUGCACGAAUAAUUCAACCUAUAACCACUGACGAAAUAAAUCACGCCAUUCAGAUAUUGGUAAAACUUGUACAGAAAGAUUGUUUUUCAAAGGAGUUGCAUUCAUUAUCUAAUCAAGGCAUCAUAUCUCCAAACAGUCCUGCAUCAAGGUUAAGCCCAUUCAUCGAUGAAACUGGAAUCUUGAGAGUCGGGAGCCGUCUACAAUCUUCAUCGUUGCCGCGCUCAGCAAAGCAUCCCAUAUUAUUGCCUGGACGACAUUCAUUAUCACACUUUAUCAUAAUGCACGAACAUGAAAAACACUUACAUGCUGGACCUCAAGCUACACUCGCUGCCGUUCGACAGAACUAUUGGCUCGUAUCAGCGCGAGAUAUUGUUCGUCAGAUCACUCGAAAAUGUACCAUUUGUUUUCGCAGUGCACCGAAACCAGCAUCAACAAUCAUGGGUAAUCUGCCCAAGCCACGAAUUACAGUGCCCUCAAGGGUCUUCGAAAAUUGCGGAGUAGACUACGCCGGUCCAUACUACUACAAGCAAGGAUUGAGAAAAAAUACCAAGUUAAUAAAGUGCUAUAUGACAAUAUUUGUCUGUUUUGCAACGAAGGCCGUCCACAUUGAGUUAGCCACGGAUAUGACUUCAGAAGCAUUUUUAAAUGUUUUCAAGCGAUUUAUCUCCAGGCGAGGAUAUCCAGCCAACAUAUACUCCGACAAUGGCCUAAACUUUGUAGGUGCAGAACGUGAAUUGAACGAGUUAGUUGUAUUAUUCAAGAAUCAAAAAUUCCAACAUGAAAUCGCUGGAUACAUGAGCGAUAAAAAUGUACAAUGGCACUUUAUCCCACCCAGAGCACCUCACCAUGGAGGGCUUUGGGAAGCUGCAGUCAAAAUGGCUAAAGUGCAUAUAUCUCGAAUAACCAAAGACGCUCACCUAAGAUAUGAGGAGCUACAAACGUUGCUUAUUCAAGUCGAAGCAAUCCUUAAUUCUAGACCACUCACGCCUAUGUCUUCUGAUCCUGAUGACCUUGCACCUUUAACAGCAGGACACUUUUUAAUAGGGGGACCUCUAACGUCUUAUCCCGAACCAUCAUUGGAGAAUCUUGCAAUUAAUCGUUUAUCACGCUGGCAGCAUCUGGAGCAAUUGAGGCAACAUUUCUGGCGACGUUGGACGAAGGAAUACCUUCAUCAUCUCCAGCAACGCAAUAAAUGGCAAUCUAUUGAUUCAUCAAUAUAUAAAGGGCAAAUGGUAAUUCUAAAGGAGGACAACAUGCCACCUUUAUCUUGGCCCCUAGGAAGAAUAUCAGAGAUCCAUCCGGGACACGAUGGAAUCGUUCGCACGGCUACCAUCAAGACAACUAAAGGUUCUUAUAAGCGCCCUAUCACACGUUUAUGUUUACUUCCUUUCGAUAAUGAGCCUCAGUCAUGA